AUUGUCUUAGACUUCUGUAGUUGUGAAACAUUUAAGCCCAGCCCAGUGCCGUGAACCGUUCCAUUGUUUUACACCUGCCCAACCAGCCGGACCACUUCUUUUGGGGAACACCCAGAUCUAGACCACAUCACAGACUACAGAAACAACAUGGACACCGGACACUGAGAGCUGUACAGUCUUACCUUACCUGGCACAGGUACAGUUUUGUCUCACCUGGCAGCUGAACUUGCCUUUCGUGUGCAAACACACCUGUCCCUGGGACUGCCAGGUGUGGCCAGGUAAAGCUGACACCUCUUAAACCAGCCGACCACCUGUUUGAGAAAUGGCAGAGGUAACAGCGAUUUCUGAGGGGGGGUCUGACGUACCCCCCUCCCAGCACCCCGAGGUACCCCCCUCCUUUCCGGACUCGGAUACACCCCCUCCUGCUCAGAGCACAGUGCAAAGUGACAGUCAGGCUGGAAAUACAUGUGCAAAUGUCAGCCCUGCAAACCAGAAUCUUAGCUGUACGGAUGUGAACUCUAUAACUAGUAUAAGUCUGGAGGAGCAAACAGGCAACAAGCAUGGAGGCAGCAGUGACGAAUGUGUGGAGGAAAAACUGGAGAAAGAUGAAGGGAGCACAAACACAGGAAAAUGUACUGCAAACCCCCACAGUCACAGCUGUACAGAUGGGAACUCUAUAAGCCUGGAGAAGCCAGCAAACAAGCAUGGAGGCAGCAGUGGCAACUGUAAGGAAGAACUGAGGAAAGAUGGAGGCAGGAGUAACGAAUGUGUGGGGGAAGAACUGGGGACAGAUGGAGGAAGCGCAAACACGGGAAAGUGUACGAAUGGAGAACCACCUCACACCUGUGCUGCACCUGGGGAAGAACUGCCACACACCUGUGCUGAUGAACACCUGCAGGAGGCAGGUGAGACGUCACCUGGCCGGACACCGGAGGAGCAGUACGAGAACCUUUACACCUGUCUGCAGGUGGCCAGGAUGCCAGAUGAGGUGAUGGACCAGCAUGGUCAGGCUCUCAGGGUUGUGGACAUCGCAGAACAGCUGCAGGCAAGAUUCGCCUACCUCACAGGUGGGAAGGGCAGGAACGGGGCCCCCAUCAUCACCCUGCCAGAGUACCCGAGGUUCCAGGAGAUCCAGGACCAGGACUUCCUGAGCGUCAUGACGUACCUGACCAGCAUCCCGAGCGCGGAGGAGGCUGAGCUGGGGUACGUCAUCGUGGUGGACAGGAGACAGGACAGAUGGGCAGCGGUGAAGGCUACACUCAUCAGGAUAGCUGGUUUUUUCCCGAAGCACAUCCAGGUAGUCCUGGUGCUGAGACCGACGGGGUUCUUCCAGCGGACCUUCUCAGAUAUUGGGUUCAAGUUCGUACGGGAAGACUUCCGGCUGAAGGUACCGAUGGUGAUGCUGAACUCUGUGAGCGAGCUGCACGAGCACCUGGACAGGUCACAGCUGACGGAGGAGCUCGGAGGGUUCAUCCGCUACGAACACCACGACUGGAUCGAGCAGAGAUCGGCGAUCGAGAAGUUUGCAUCGAACACCCACGACAUCGCGAAGACGCUACAGCAGCUCGGCACAGAGCUGGCCGAGACGGAACUUCCCAACGACAUCGUCACGACAGAAUCUCUGCUGGAGCAGCAGAGGAAACAGAAGGAGGAGAUUAAGGAAACAGACAAGGCGUUUGAUGAGUUCUAG